UUUAGAAUUCGUCACGUGAGAGAUAUAUUGUUUGUUUUAAUUUGGGUUGUAGACGGUGGCCACUAUAUAGUAUCGGAGGCUUUUCAUAGGUGAUUAGCUUAGCAUGUGUUUAAAACAACUAGAAUAAUUCCAAAGAAGAUUUCACACUGCAAAAUGGCUAAAGCAGGAUUAACACAUGAUGUCUUUGUUGCUAACCUGCCAGCUCAUGCUGACCAGCAAGCUGUUAGAAACUUGUUUAGUUGUUUUGGAGAGAUAGAAGGGGUCCAUUUAAAAAAUGGGAAAAGAGGUGAUGGAUCCAAAAUUGCGUUUCUUCAUUUCCUACAUCAAACUGAUGCAAACCAAGCAGUUGAAAAACAAAAUGGAAUAACCUGGGAUGGGCAUACUUUAUUAGUUCAAAAGAGCACUAAAAAGGAUGCAUCUAAGGACCAAGAGAAUAAAGGAGAAAAAUGUGAAAGAAAAGGGAAAAAACAAAAUAAGAAAAACAAUGUAAUAGGAAAAAAAGAAUUGGGAAGUCUUAACAGUUUCAAGAAAAAAUCCACAGAGUCUAAACCUGCUCUGGAAGAAUACACUGUUCUUGGAACUUCGGAUGAUGCUUUGAUAGUAGUUCAUAUAGAAGAUCCCACAGUUUUUUAUGCUCAGAGAGUGGAUUUAAACCCUCAACUGUCAGAUAUUUCAAAACAACUUUCAAAGGUGUGCUCCCAAACAGUCAGUGUUCAAGGUACCCCUGAAAUGUUUAAGGUUUAUGGAGCUCAGUUUAGUGAAGAUCAACUUUGGUAUCGAUGUGAGAUAAUGAAAAACAAUAUUCCUGGUCAGUGCACCGUCCAAUAUAUUGACUUUGGAAACAGAGAAGUUAUCAGUAACAAAAGAAUUGUAGAACUGCCUGACAAUUUAGCUUCUGUGCCACCCUUAGCUUUUAAAUGUCAGUUUAAAGGAUUGAGAGGACCUAUGAAGGACAUUGAAAAUCAACAGUUUCAGAAGGGCUUACAAUUUCUGAGAAAGUUGACUGAAGGCCAUAUAGUUUAUGCUCGACUACACCCAUCACCACCAGGAAUUAAAACUGUAUGUUGCCUGCUGAUCAACUGUUUUGUUAAUGGAAUCAAUCUUGGUCAAGAACUAAUAAAGAAUGGGUAUGCCUUUGAAGUAGAUGAUACUGAAAUGAGCAAAACAAAUGCUUACUCUGAUUGUAAAGAUACCAAACCUUUAUGUGGAAAGAAAGUAAAACAAGGGCAUUGGGGAAGAAAAAAUGCUUCAAGGCAGCAAGUAUCUCAGGACUCAUCAUCUUUGAACUCUCAGUUUGAGAAGUUUGGUAUUACAAAAAACAUUGUAGGUACCAAACUGAAUGAUCAGUUGGGUUUGAUCCCUCCUGGUGACAGUGGGUACAACAGUGGAAGUAACCACUCCCAAUUUGGGGUUGGAGAUCAGUUUCAAAAUAAUGUUAUGAUUGAACAUUCUGCAUCAGAAGAGAUUAAGAGACUAAAAGCUGAAAGGGACUACUUGCUCAGAGAACUUACUUGGGAAAAAGAAAAAUUACAGGCUAUGAAAAAUGAACUUGAGAAGAAGACUACAGAUGACAUCUCAAAAAAGUUCACGGUGAUUUUGGAGAAAGCGAGCAAAAUUAAGUCCUUACGUUGUCAGUUGAUUUAUGAGAAGGAACAACCAGAUAUCAUUGACCUGAGCAUUUCUACAGUCCAGAAUUUUCAGAAAGAUCUGGCAUCUUCCAAUGACAAGGGUGUGCAAGAGGCUGUUCUAGAAGCUCAUAAGACUUACAAUACGUGUCAAGCAAAACUGAGAUCUUCCACAAACAAGGAUGAAGUUCAGUCACUUAUUGAAGACAGGGAUUCAGCUAGAAGGCGUUUUCAUGAGGAGAUAAAACAGUUCCUUAACUCUGUCAGCCACCAACCUAAUGGUGAAAGAACUACACUUUUGAAGGCUCUCUUGUCAGAUUUGAAUAAAUUUUAUCAACCAUACCUGAAAAUGACUUGUACAGGCACAGUUUUCUUACCUUUAGAAGAAGUAGCAAGCAUUUAUGGUAAUAUGAAGAGUCAAAAACAAGAAGAAGUGCAAGAAGUGAGAAGACACACUGAUGCUGCAGGAAAAAAAGUAUCAGAAACUCUUCAUGUCUUUCAUCAAUUGAUGAAAAUUGAAUGA